UUUUUUUUUUUUGCACUCCUUUCCUUUUCUUCUUUCAUCUCAUUUUUAUUCCUUUUUUUUACUUACAUUAUCAACAUGAGUGACAUACCAAAAGGUGAUGCCACCAAAGGUGCAAAGUUAUUCAAACAACGAUGUGCUCAAUGCCAUACUCUUGAAGAAAAAGGUCAUCAUUUGGUAGGACCUAAUCUUCAUGGUGUGAUGGGAAGAAAGACUGGACAAGCUUCAGGAUUCAAUUAUACAGAAGCCAACAAGAAGAAAGGAGUCAUUUGGAGUGAAGAAACUUUGUUUGAAUACUUGUUAAAUCCAAAGGCUUAUAUUCCUGGUACUAAGAUGGCAUUUCCUGGAUUGAAAAAGCCUCAAGACAGAGCAAAUUUGAUUGCUUAUCUCAAGGAAGCCACUUAGAUUCAAUAGAUAGAUGAUCCAAUUGUCUCUCUUUCUUUUCAAAUAGUGUUUUAUUUUUUUUUUCUUUUGUUACAACCAAUAAAAAAAAAAUGUUUGUUAUUGUCUA